AUGCCUCCCAUCAAGGAGACCCAUCUGAUCCUACUCCUUCUUGGUUCAUUCCCAAAAGGUACAUUCUUCAUUUGUCUUCUCUCACAAAAAAUUGUUUCUUCUUUCUGUCUUCAGUUUGACGUCCCUGCAACUUCAAGGCUUCAAUCAGGUUUCAUUAUCUUCUCCUUAUAUAACGAUUUCUUGUUUUUCCUUCUUCUACAUUCUACCCUAGCUCCAGAGCAACUUGUUUGGUGUGGAAUGGACAGUGUAUUGCUGUAUUGGGAUGAUAUGCUUCUGAUGGUGGGCCCUUAUGGAGAUUUGGUUCGCUAUCUUUAUGAUGAACCCAUUAUCAUUAUCCCAGAGUGUGAUGGAUCUAGGAUUUUGUCUAACUUAAACAUGGAGUUUCUUCAACAGGCCCCAGCUUCUACUGAAUCUAUCUUCAAGAUUGGGAGCAUAGAACCAACAUCUUUAUUGUAUGAUGCUUUAGAUCAUUUUGACAGGAGGAAUGCAAAGGAUGAUGAAAAUUUGAGGCUGAUAAAAACAUCGUUGCCUGAGGCUGUUAAAGUCUUUAGAUGCUACAAGACAUGA